AUGACACCUGGUCGGGUGUCCGCUGUUAUGGCGACGGCUCCGGUGCGGGAGGCAGAGUUCACUGUAACCGAAACCGGACAGCAGCGGGUCAGGGUUUCAGCAAGGCGCAGGCACUUGAGGAGUUCCAUUUCAACCAGCCUCCUUGUGGUUGUGCGCAACAGAAACAGUAGAGCCAGAAUUCUCUGAGGCUUCAGGCUUAUGAUAAACAGGCCUGAAGAGAAGAAUAUGUUAGGCCUACAUUUAUGAUGAUGUUCAAGGCUCUUUUCAUUUGGCUUUGUAUUAUUUAUUUUGGGUUUUUAUUUUUGGCUCUGAAGCUGUUGCAAUUGAUAUGCUCUCUCUCUCUCUCUCUCUCUCUCUCUCUCUCUCUCUCUCUCUCUCUCUCUCUCUCUCUCUCUCUCUCUCUCUCUCUCUCUCUCUCUCUCUCUCUCUCUCUCUCUCAUCCCACUCAAUCUUGCUCACUCCUUCAUACACUAUAUAUAUAAAAGUAUGUGGACAACCCUUGAAAUUAGUGGAGUCGUCUAUUUCAGCCACACCCAUUGCUGACAGAUGUAUAAAAUCGAGCACACAGCCAUGCAAUCUCCAUAGACAAACAUUGGCAACAGAAUGGCCUUACUGAAGAGCUCAGUGACUUUCAACGUGGCACCGUCAUAGGAUGCCACCUUUACAACAAGUCAGUUCGUCAAAUUUCUGCCUUGCUAGAGCUGCCCCGGUCAACUGUAAGUGCUGUUAUUGUGAGUGGAAACGUCUAGGAGUACAAGGCCACACAAGCUCACAGAACGAGACGGCUGAGUGAUGAAGCACAUAGCUCGUAAAUAUUGUCUGUCCUCGGUUGCAACACUCACUAUCGAGUUCCAAACUGCCUCUGGAAGCAACGUCAGCACAAGAACUGUUCGUCGGGAGCUUCAUGAAAUGGGUUUCCAAAGCUGAGCAGCCACACACAAGCCUAAGAUCACCAUGCGCAAUGCCAAGCGUCAGCUGGAGUGGUGUAAAGCUCACCGCCAUUGGACUCUGGAGCAGUGGAAAUGUGUUCUCUGGAGCGAUGAAUCACGCUUCACCAUCUGGCAGUCCGAUGGUCAAAUCUGGGUUUGGCGGAUGCCAGGAGAACGCUACCUGCCCCAAUGCAUAGUGCCAACUGUAAAGUUUGGUGGAGGAGGAAUAAUGGUCUGGGGCUGUUUUUCAUUGUUUUGGCUAGGCCCCUUAGUUCCAGUGAAGGGAAAUCUUAACGCUACAUCAUGCAAUGACAUUCUAGACGAAUCCAACUUGGUGGCAACAGUUUGGGAAAGGCCCUUUCCUUUCAGCAUGACAAUGCCCCCAUGCACAAAGUGAGGUCCAUACAGAAAUGGUUUGUUCGAGAUCGGUGUGGAAGAACUUGACUGGCCUGCACAGAGCCCUGACCUCAACCGCAUCGAACACCUUUGGGAUGAAUUGGAACGCCAACUGUGAGCCAGGCCUAAUCGCCCAACAUCAGUACCCGAGCUCACUAAUGCUCUUGUGGCUGAAUGGAAGCAAGUCCCUGCAGCAAUGUUCCAACAUCUAGUGGAAAGCCUUCCCAGAAGAGUGGAGGCUGUUAUAGCAGCAAAGGGGGGACCAACUCCAUAUUAAUGCCCAUAAUUUUGGAAUGAGAUGUUUGAUGAGCAGGUGUCCACAUACUUUUGGUCAUGUAGUGUACAUGUUUCACCCUCUAACUCCCUUGUUGUUGUCCCUCUCUCCCAGUUCCUCAGGUGUGAACACGAGCAGUGGCAGUUUUCCCAAAUCCCACUCCUCCCAGUAUUCUAACCUCAGCGUCACACACACACCCCUCUCCGUGGACCAGAGUCCAGAUUCUGGAAUCGUCACAACCUCUGUGAGUGCCACGCCUUAUGCCACAUUCUCACCCUCCAGUCCUCCCUUCUCGCUCCACCCACCUCUUACCCUCCCAUCUCCUGACACCCCCUUACACAGCUCCUCACCCCACAACCUGCCCCUCUCAUCCUGCAACAGUAUGACUGGUCCAAAAAGGUUAUGUUCUGAAAACAGCCUCAUCCCCCUAGCCGUUCCAUUUGAAACCUUGGUGCAGCCAUCACUGUGUUGCUCACACAUUUCCAGUUCCUAUCUGCCAACACAGGUGGGUUAGGGGUUGUUUAGUUUAGCUAUAGAUGAGUAACUUUGUGUGUGACAUGUGAGCAGAGCUGGCUCUGAUGUCAGCCCACUCAAGGUCAGUGCUGAGGGUGCCUGGGGUCACCAAGCAUGGGUCUAGUCCCCCACGUGUCUAGGGUGGGGGAGUGGGUUGGGUUAUAGCCGAGGUGAUACCUGGUGGCCAACUACAAGAAACGUCUGACCUCUGUGAUUGCCAACAAGGGUUUUGCCACCAAGUACUAAGUCAUGUUUUGCAAAGGGGUCAAAUACUUAUUUCCCUCAUUAAAAUGCAAAUCAAUUUAUAACAUUUUUUACAUGCGUUUUUCUGGAUUUUGUUGUUAUUCUGUCUCUCACUGUUCAAAUAAACCUACCAUUAAAAUUAUAGACUGAUAAUUUAUUUGUCAGUGGGCAAACGUACAAAAUCAGCAUGGAAUCAAAUACUUUUUUCCCUCACUGUAUACAGUACCAGUCAAAAGUUUGGACACACCUAGUCAUUCAAGGGUUUUUCUUAAUUUUUACUAUUUUUUACAUUGUAGAAUAAUAGUGAAGACAUCAGAACUAUGAAAUAACACAUAUGGAAUCAUGUAAUAACCAAAAAAAGUGUUAAACAAAUCAAAAAGAUUCUUCAAAUAGCCACCCUUUGCCUUGAUGACAGCUUUGCACACUCUUGGCAUUCUCUCAACCAGCAUCAUGAGAUAGUCAUCUGGAAUGCAUUUCAAUUAACAGGUGCGCCUUCUUAAAAGUUAAUUUGUGGAAUUUCUUUCCUUCUUAAAGUGUUUGAGCAAAUCAGUUGUGGUAGGGGUGGUAUACAGAAGAUAGGCCUAUUUGGUAAAAGACCAAGUCCAUAUUAUGGCAAGAACAGCUCAAAUAAGCAAAGAGAAACGAUAGUCCAUCAUUACUUUAAGACAUGAAGGUCAGUCAAUCUGGAAAUUUUCAAGAACUUUUAAAGUUUCUUCAUGUGCAGUCGCAAAAACCAUCAAGUGCUAUGAUGAAACUGGCUCUCAUGAGGAACGCCACAGGAAUGGAAAGCCCAGAGUUACCUCUGCUGCAGAGGAUAAGUUAAUUUGAGGUACCAGCCUCAGAAAUUGCAGGCCAAAUAAAUGCUUCACAGAGUUCAAGUAUCAGACACAUCUCAACCACAACUGUUCAGAGGAGACUGUGUAACUUAGGCCUUCAUGGUUGAAUUGCUGCAAAGAAACCACUACUAAAGACACCAAUAAGAAGAAGAGUCUUGCUUGGGCCAAGAAACACAAGCAAUGGACAUUAGACUGGUGGAAAUGUGUCCUUUGGUCUGGAGUUCAAAUUGGAGAUUUUUGGUUCCAACUGCCGUGUCUUUGUGAGACGUGGGCAUGUGUAUUUCCCACCGUAAAGCAUGGAGGAGGAGGUGUUAUGGUUUGGGGAUGCUUUGCUGGUGACACAGUCUGUGAUCUCUGCAUGUGUAUUUCCCACCGUAAAGCAUGGAGGAGGAGGUGUUAUGGUGUAGGGAUGCUUUGCUGGUGACACAGUCUGUGAUCUCUGCAUGUGUAUUUCCCACCGUAAAGCAUGGAGGAGGAGGUGUGCUGGUGUGGGGGUGCUUUGCUGGUGAAACUAUCUGAUUUAUUUAUAAUUCAAGGCACACUUAACCAGCAUGGCUACCACAGCAUUCUGCAGCGAUACGCCAUCCCGUCUGGUUUGGGUUUAGUGGGACUGUCAUUUGUUUUUCAACAGGACAAUGACCCAACACACCUCCAGGCUGUGUAAGGGCUAUUUUACCAAUAAGGAGAGUGAUGGAGUGCUGCAUCAGAUGACCUGGCCUCCACAAUCCCCCGACCUCAACCCAAUUGAGAUGGUUUGAAGGAAAAGCAGCAAAUGUGCUUAGCAUAGGUGGGAACUCCUUCAAGACUGUUGGAAAAGCAUUCCAGGUGAAGCUGGUUGAGAGAAUGCCAAGAGUGUGCAAAGCUGUCAUCAAGGCAAAGGGUGGCUAUUUGAAGAAUUUCAAAUAUAAAAUAUAUUUUGAUUUGUUGAAAACUUUUUUGGUUACUACAUGAUUCUAUAUGUGUUAUUUCAUAGUUUUGAUGUCUUCACUAUUAUUCUACAAUGUAGAAAAUAGUACAAAUAAAGAAAAACCCAUGAAUGAGUAGGUGUUUCCAAACUUUUGACUUGUACUAUAUAUACAGCUCUGGAAAAAAUGAAGAGACCACUGCAAAAUUAUCAACUGGUCAAAAUAACAAAAAAGAUGCAGUGUUGUCAGACCUCGAAUAAUGCUAAGAAAAUAAGUUCAUGCUCAUUUUUAAACAACACAAUACUAAUGUUUUAACUUAGGAAGAGUUCAGAAAUCAAUAUUUGGUGGAAUAACCCUGAUUUUCAAUCACAGCUUUCAUGCGUCUUGGCAUGCUCUUCACCAGUCUUUCACAUUGAUGUUGGGUGACUUUAUGCCACUCCUGGCGCAAAAAUUCAAGCAGCUCGGCUUUGUGUGAUGGCUUGUGACCAUCCAUCUUCCUCUUGAUCACAUUCCAGAAGUUUUCAAUGGGGUUCAGGUCUGGAGAUUGGGCUGGCCAUGACAGGGUCUUGAUCUGGUGGUCCUCCAUCCACACCUUGAUUGACCUGGCAGUGUGGCAUGGCGCAUUGUCCUGCUGGAAAAAACAAUCCUCAGAGUUGGGGAACAAUGUCAGAGCAAAAGGAAGCAAGUUUUCUUCCAGGACAACCUUGUACAUGGCUUGAUUCAUGCGUCCUUCACAAAGACAAAUCUGCUCGAUUCCAGCCUUGCUGAAGCACCCCCAGAUCAUCACUGAUCCUCCACCAAAUUUCACAGUGGGUGCGAGACACUGUGGCUUAUAGGGCACUCCAGGUCUCUGUCUAACCAUUAGACGACCAGGUGUUGGGCAAAGCUGAAAAUUGGACUCAUCAGAGAAGAUGACCUUACUCCAGUCCUCUACGGUCCAAUACUUAUGGUCUUUUGCAAACCUCAGCCUGGCUCUUCUUUGCUUCUCAUUGAUGAAGGGCUUUUUUCUAGCUUUGCACGACUUCAGCCCUGCCCCUAGGAGCCUGUUUCGAACCGUCCUCGCCGUGCACUUCACCCCAGCUGCUGUUUGCCAUUCUUUUUGUAGGUCACUUGAUGUCAUUCUACAGUUGUUAAGUAACAUUCGAAUGAGUUGUCGGUCAUCCCGGUCAGUAGAGAGUCGUUUUCGCCCUCUGCCGGUCUGUAGCUUUGUUGUCCCCAAUGUCUGCUGCUUGAACUUGUUCUUAUGAACCGCCUUCAUUGAAGUUUUAAGGAUGGAAGCAACCUGACGCUUGAUUAAUAUUACUUUUGAGGUACUAUUAGCACUGUUUUUGCCAUCCAGCUGGUCCUAUUGCAAGAGGAUAGUGAUGACCACAGCAGUGGUUUUUAUACUUUUCCUUGUUAAAUAAGAUUUGGUUCAGGUGAUCACCUAAUCAGUACCUAAUUCAGUAGAAUGAGGUGUGCCUGUGUUGGAAUUCAACAGACACUGGAAUGGAAUGGCUGUCAUACAUGUAGAGAUGCUGAUUUAAGAAAAAUGUGCAGUGGUCUCUUAAUUUUUUCCAGAGCUGUAUAUAUAUAUAUAUAUAUAUAUAUAUAUAUAUAUAUAUAUAUAUAUAUAUAUGCAGUAUACUGUAUAUAUUAUAAUAUCAUAUUUUUUUCUCUCAAUCAAAAUCGAAAUGAAAAAUUAUUCAAAUCUAAAAGUUAAAAUUCAACCAGAGAGCGCACGUAGAUCGUGGGAAAAGGCCUCACUGGACCGUUGCACUUGAAUCAUUCCAAUGGUGAAUAGCUAGACCCCCUGCGCUAUGAAAUCACACAUUAUUGCAGAGACUUUGAUAUUACAGCCCGCAAUUUAUAUGGUGAAAACAAUGUGUGGGGAGGCAGAGGCACAGAAACUCACAUCAUACCUUUGUCCGAUAACACUAUAGCUAGCAAUCAAGAGGAAUCUGACUGAACAACUCAAAACCUCCCCACCAUAUGCUCUCCAAAUAGACGUUAGCUGUGAGGGCCGAGAUGCAUUGACUUUUGUUCGCUACCUGUCGGGGGAUGCUAUUCAUGAGGACACAUUGUUCUGUCUCACGAUUCCAGAGUAUUAAACAGCACAGGGGACGUUCAGUGUGUUGCGUGGCUAUAUUGACGAAAAACAGAUUCCAUGGGAUCGAAUGGUGGGCUUUUGCACAGAUCGGGCUCCAUCUAUCACGGGAUGGUGGUUAGGCCUCUGCACUCUAGUUAUGAAUGUCUCCCUCUGCCAUAUGGAAACAUUGUAUGAUAAACCCACUGAGCUAUAACUGAGAUACACUGAGAGCAACUGGCCGCAAAAGAGCUGAGCGCAACUGGCCGCAAAAGAGCUGAUAACUUCGAAAACUAUGUUGAGAUAUGGGAUCAGAGCAUGACAAUGUUCUAUUUCACACCGAGGCUUGGUGGUUAUCGAGGGGGAGUGUUGGAAAGAUUUUUCUAAUUGAGAGUGGAACUGUCGAAUUGAGAGAAGAACUGUCAUUCGCAGUGGAUGUGGUGGUGAGAUAAGAUACAUUAUGUCAGACUCAUUUGCAAUUGACUGCCAUAGCCCUACAUUACAAGUAAAUGAUGGUGAGUUGAUAAAAUAAUCAGAAAUACAGUUAGAAUGUUUUGCAAUUGACUGCCAUAUCCCUACAUUACAAGUAAAUGAUGGUGAGUUGAUAAUAUAAUCAGAAAUACAGUUAGAAUGUUUUGCAAUUGACUGCCAUAGCCCUACAUUACAAGUAAAUGAUGGUGAGUUGAUAAUAUAAUCAGAAAUACAGUUAGAAUGUUUUGCAAUUGACUACCAUAGCCCUACAUUAAAAAAGUAAACAUUGGCUGUUAAUUACAUACUUUUUUCACAUGGUUGGGGUCGCGAGAAUUUUCUGAUAUCAAAAUGGGGUCGUGGGCCAAAAAAGUUUGGGAAACCCUACCCUCUUGCUCCUCCUCCUCCACCUUCUCUCUUUUCAUCUCUCCUUCUCCUCUCCUCUCGUUUCUCAUCUGCAGUCCAGCCGGUUCAGGUUCGUGUCGUGGCAGCGUCUUGAGGAGAGUGAUGUCAGAGGAGACCAGCUCUCCUGUCCCAGGGUCAGAGAAGGUCAGAGAGGUCCCCACCUUGGCAACCUUUGACCUUUUAAUGAUGUUGUUUUUCUCUCAUCUCAGUUCUCAUAAGUCACUUCUGUCAUCAUGAUAUCAUCAACCAGGGCCAUCAGAGGAGGACUUCUUUCUGAGAGAGGAUGAAAUCCCCUUUGAAAGGGGAGGGAGGAGGAAGAGGAGGGAGGAGGAAGAAGGGCAGAGGUGGGAUGAGAGGCUUCAAGAGAACUGGGAGAACUGUGUGGUGAGAGACAUACUGUACUAUGUGUGUGUGUGCAUGUGCAUGCCUGCAUGUGUUGUGUGUCUGUUCGUGUUGACACACAUCUGAGUAACCCUCUCCCUGUGGUCCCUGUAUUCCUGGUAUUCCCAGGAGCUGAACCUGUCCUAUCAGGGCCUGAGUAACCCUCUCCCUGUGGUCCCUGGUAUUCCCAGGAGCUGAACCUGUCCUAUCAGGACUUGGGAGAUCCGUUCCAGCAGGAAAACUUCAGUCGGAUCCUGAGGAGGCUGAUCCGAGUGGAGAGACUGCAGCUGAUCAAUAACUCCCUCACCGACCUGAGUUCUAUAUGCCUGCCAAGGUACUACACUACCCACAAUGCCCAUAUAUAUGCCUGCCAAGGUACUACACUACCCACAAUGCCCAUCUAUACACCUGCCAAUAUACUACACUACCCACAAUGCCCAUAUAUACGCCUGCCAAUAUACUACACUACAUACAAAGCAUCAAUAUACGCCUGCCAAUUACUUCACUACCCACAAUACAUCUCUUCACUUCAUGUAGUGACAACUGUACUUCUUUCUUCUUUCCUCUAGGUGCAGAAGCCUGAACCUGCAUCGUAACCACUUGAGAUGUGUACGUCAGCUGCCAAAGCUCCCGGCCGUGGAGCACCUGUGUCUGUCUGAGAACAGUAUCUCCACACUGGGGGGACUGGGGGCUCUGGGAACCAGCCCACUCCACUCCCUCACACUCACACGUAACCCUGUCAACUACAUACAGGACUACCGUGCACGGUGAGGGGGGAUAGAGGAGAGAGAGGAGAUAAGGGGAGAGAGAGGAGGUGAGGGGAAUAGAGGGAGAGAGAGGUGAGGGGAAUAGAGGGAGAGAGAGGAGGUGAGGGGGGAGGGGAGUGAGGGGUGGGGGUAGGGAGAGGCGGAGGUGAGGGGAAUGAGGGAGCGAGAGAGGCGAGGUGGGGCUGAAUCGGCUAGAGGGAGGGAGGAGGAGAGGGGGGGGGUCGGGGAAUAGAGGGAGAGAGAGGGGUGAGGGGUGGGCCUCGAGCGGAGGGGGAGGGAGGAGGGGGUGGAGGGGGAAUAGAGGGAGAGGAGAGAGGGCAGGGGGGGUGAGGGAAUGAGGUGAGGGAGGGGGAGGCGAGGAGGAGAGUGGCCUGAGGGGCGGCUCGGACGGAGCGGAGAUGCGGGUGAGGGGAUAGAGGGAGAGGAGGAGGUGAGGGGAAUAGAGGGAGAGAGAGGAGGUGAGGGGAAUAGAGGGAGAGAGAGGAGGUGAGGGGAAUUGCAUUGCUUGCUGUUUGGGGUUUUAGGCUGGGUUUCUGUGUAAGCACUAUGUGACAUCUGCUGAUGUAAAAAGGGCUUUAUAAAUACAUUUGAUUGAUUGAUAGAUAGAUAGAGGGAGAUAGAGGGGGUGGGGAGAUAAAGGAUGCACGAUGCUAAAAUGCUAGAAUGUCAAGAGUAGUUUGGAUUUUUUAUCCUGUAUUAACCCUUAGUUUCCCUCUCCUCUCUGCAGUGUGUUCUCCUGUUUGCCAAAACUCAGAGUUCUGGAUGGAAUCCCCAAGCUGCCAGAAGAUUCCAUGCCUCCUGGACUCCAACUCCCAGCUGCCACCAGGAUGUGUAACAUUCUGUGA